AGUGACUUGCAUAUCUAAGUAAGAAGAUCACGAGCUCAAAACGCACCUAAACAAGGAUCCAGUAACUUGAAGGUGACGGGACUUUUGCAACUUUAUGUGACAGUCUGAGCGACUUCAAGAAAUAUGUUACUCAAAACUGCACCUGCUCGUCUGUGCCUGUCACCACUAAUUGUCGCAUCUCUCUACUUGUCUACCGCGGUUUGUACUGGUCUGAAUCGUUUCGGCGACAUUCUCGCAUGUUUGCACUCAUUUCGUGCGAGCUUGAGACAACGCUGAUAUACUUCAAGAAGGCGAUUGUCCUCCUCGCUACAAGUGGUGUUUUCGUGUCUGUGCGAGCUUCAUCACUUGCUCCAUAUUGUCUACUCUUUAUAUCUCUCACCCCCCAGCUUGUCCCAGAACUCAUUCUCCGGCAACUCCACUGUAGGUUCAAGCUCAGCUGCGCUCAACAAGGGCAAGUGCGUAACAUUGUGCAGUGCUCUCAUCCGAGUCAUCCCGGCAGAUCCUACAAACCAAUUCAGAUGCGCUCAAGAGUCAACACCAUUUCCCUGACACUCGAUCACUGUGUUUGAAGCAUGGACUCACAGCACUCGCCGGAUUUGACUUGUCUUGCGAACGGCAGCCAUACACCUUGUACUCCUGUUGUUCAAUACGCUCUCGCUCUGGACUCUUUUCAUAGAUCCUGGACGCAAGCUAGUUAUCUUUUUUGACCGCCCAUGUGUCAUGUAUUGCUCUCAAAUUAGUCUACUGUAAUCCUGUUCAUGAUUGUCAGUAUCUCAAAUGGCGUUUUCAGUGUUUCGAGGAGAAGUAUCAG